AUGAUUUGUGGCAAAGCUGCAUGGUUUACUGCGCAUCGUUUUCUAAUGAGCAUCGCAGCUAUUCUAACUACGCUCGGUUUUCUGUUCAUUUUGGUGUUUUUACAAGGUACAUGGGUUCCAAACGGCACAACACGACCGUAUGCUCACUCAAUCACUGGCGUAAUUGUGAUCGGUCUAGCGUUCUUUCAACCAUUCAUUGCUUUAUUCCGUUGUGAACCCAAUAGUCGGUAUCGAUCUAUCUUUAACUAUAUUCAUGCAUUUGUUGGAUUCUCAGCGUUCAUUCUCUCUGUUGCAACGUUAUAUCUUGCCACCUAUUUCCAUGUGUUUGCAGAUACGAAAGGUCGAUUUGUCAUGAUUGCUUGGAUAGCUUGGGUAGCUUUGAUAUUUCUGAUCUUUGAAUGUAGUGAAUAUUUUAUUCGGAAGAAAAAUCGAGAAUCUGGUUACACGAAUAUCAAUACGUCGAAUACUACAAUUGCUGAUUUGAUAGAAAAUUCUGCGACUCCAAAAUUGACUUCAUUCACUGUCGACAAUCACGAAGAGACGUCAGUGCAACGAAAAUCAAAAAAUGUCCUCUUGGCCAUACAUAUAUUGGUAGCGGCAACACUUUCAGUUAUUUUAACCACCUUGAUUCUUUAA